AUUCUGAAACACCAAUAUGUGCUGAAGUUAUUCCAGAAUUUAUGGAACGUUGGUAUAUAGUUUUUACCCAGAUGAGCAAAAUAAGCUCGACAGGUAGAGGGCAGCAUUGCUGCCAAUGAAAACAUCAAACAUUCCCGCCUUUUGUUUUGAUCAAGUUUGAUCAAUUUUGUUAUUGAUAAAGAUUGGGAAGCCAUUAUUCAGCACACUGUGAAACACUGUUGGCUUAUUGUUGCUUUGCUUCGGUGAAACUACAGCUUUUGUUGCUGCUGGAUUGUUUAACAGGUCAGGACUUUAUUGUCAUCGUGAGGCCAGGGGGCAGCGCAGGGGUUGGGGGGUUAGUGGGUUGGUAGAGUUGGACUUGAAUGGUGUGAGGUGCGUGCUGACAUGGAGAUUCUGUGAUGGGACUCAUUUGGGUGAAGAGUGCAGCAGGAAGGACAGAGAGCAGCGGAGUCAGAGGAGGAAGAUACAGUUGAACAAGAAGAAAUAAAUACAUUUGUUUAUUUUUGUAGAGAUUAUUAGGAAUUAAGGACAGAUUAGGACAGGAGUUUGGUCCGGAUGACCCACAGAGGGUGACAUGGAAUCAAAAAGACAAAGACAAACUUGGGAUUAUCAGUGAAGGAUUAACAGAGCAGGAAUAUCUUAAAAAUGGACUGACAAGAAAGCGUCGACAGCACAAACACACAUUUUUAUUUUUAUUUAUUUAUUUAUUUUUUGCUGCCAUCCAUCUGUCAACGUAUUUAAGUAUGCAGGAGUCUCCAGGUGCCAUGGGUGUGGACGGCAGCUAUGUCAGUAACGUCCCCGCUUUCCUCACCAAGCUGUGGACGUUGGUUGAGGAUCCAGACACCAACCAUCUUAUCUGCUGGAGCUCUACAGGGACUAGUUUUCAUGUCUUUGACCAGGGACGAUUCGCCAAAGAAGUUCUUCCAAAGUACUUUAAACACAACAACAUGGCUAGUUUUGUACGACAGCUCAAUAUGUAUGGUUUUCGUAAAGUUGUGAACAUCGAGCAGAGCGGUCUGGUGAAGCCGGAGAGAGACGACACGGAGUUCCAGCACCUGUACUUCCUGCAGGGCCACGAACAUAUGUUGGAGCACAUCAAGAGAAAGGUGUCCAUGGUUAAGAGCGAGGAGACCAAAGUUCGCCAGGAGGACCUGAGUAAACUGCUGUACGAAGUCCAGCUGCUCAGAACACAGCAGGACAACAUGGAGUGUCAGGUGCAGGACAUGAAACAGCAGAACGAGGUCCUGUGGAGAGAGGUGGUCUCACUGAGGCAGAACCACACGCAGCAGCAGAAAGUCAUGAACAAGCUGAUUCAGUUUCUGUUCAGCCAAAUGCAGCCCAACUCACCCAGCACUGUGGGCCUGAAGAGAAAGCUGCCCCUCAUGUUGGACGACGGCUCCAGUCCUGCUUCAAAGUUCAACCACAGUAACGUCAUGGAGACCAUGCAGGAGCCCUUCUUCAUCCAGUCGACAUCCAAUGACAGCGCCUCCUGCUCUGCAGCUGGUCUGACAGGAGGACCAAUCAUAUCAGACGUUACUGACAUGACUCAGGCCAGCAGGGCCCUGCAGAUGCAGCUUCAUGACACCAGAGACAAAGGCCUAAUGCUCAUCAAAGAAGAGCCUGUGAGCCCAGGGGUGAGAGGGGGAGUAGGAAAGGGAGGCGGUGCAGAGGGAGGAGAAGGUGCGGUGGUGAACGCACCCACCUGUGAGGAACCGCCCGUCCUCCCUGUGGCUAUGGUCCAGUCCGUGUUGGAGGGGCGGAGCUCUGCGGCGGAGAGGAGGAGUAAGAGGAUUCCUCUGGACAGGGUGGAGGACAUGGACAUGAGUCUGGAGGACCUCCAGCAGCUGCUGCUGCUCAGGAGUCAUCAGCAGAACACGGUGGAGGCUGGAAGCAGCGCUGGGAUGGAUCCCUUCAGUUUGAGCCUGCCUCUGCCUGAGUGGAGCUUCACGGAGAUGGAGUCCAACCUCCGACCAUACAUGUUCCAGAAUCAGGAAGCAGAAGCUUUUACAGCGGCCGGCUGUGAGGAGCAGUGAUGGACGUCGGCUGUUGUCGUCCUGAGGCCAGGUUUCCAUAGAAACACAUGGGUCUUCAUUGCUGUGUGAGUAUGACAGCUUUGAAUCCUCCUGGGGCGAAGCCUCCACAGGACUGUUCUGUCAGCGUCUCUCCACACUGACAGGAGUCCAUGUUGACACGAAUCAGUGAAACUCUUGUCUGCGGCGCGAGGCUGGAACUGUGUGGACAAUUACCGUAUUUUCCAGACUAUUAUUCGCAACAGUGCCCUCUAGCGUGAAAAUAACAA